GUAUUAUUUGUGUAUUUGGGUGAGCGAAUUUGUGACGACUGGUUAAUUUUCAAGUUCGUUAUCUAAAAUUUGUGUCGCAUUGGUGGUCGUCAGUACCGUAUAUAAAGCGCCAUGUCGACGCAAAAUGUGGGAAAUGAAGAAAAUGCAGCCCCGAAGUCGAAACGACCUUCAGAUUCAGCUUUUAAGCAACAACGCCUGCCCGCCUGGCAGCCCGUGCUGACCGCACGAACGGUUCUGCCCACCUUCUUUGUCAUUGGUGUCCUAUUCAUUCCCAUUGGCGUGGUGCUGCUGUACUUAUCCAAUUCAUCCAAUGAGCUCAUCAUUGACUACACUAGGUGCAUGCAGGUUAACAGUAAUAGGACCUGCGCCGAUUUUCUGGAGGAUAAACCGGGCGACCAAUGCGAGUGCAAGAUUAACUUUAAUCUGACUGAAGACUUUAUUGGCGACGUGUACAUGUACUAUGGCCUGACCAAUUACUAUCAGAAUCAUCGACGAUAUGUGAAAUCGCGAGACGAUGAACAACUGCUGGGUCGCUUGUCCUUAACGCCAAGCUCAGACUGCACGCCAUUCGCCUAUGCUGAUAAUGGAAAACCCAUAGCGCCUUGCGGGGCCAUCGCCAAUUCCCUAUUUAAUGAUACACUGACACUGAGCCAAGGCAGCUCGAAUAUCAAAUUAUUAAAUACGGGCAUUGCAUGGCCAUCGGAUAAGCGCGUCAAGUUCCGUAAUCCUCCGGGCGACCUGGAAAAGGCUUUGGAGCCAUAUGAAAAGCCCAUAUUCUGGCAAAAAGAACUCUAUGAAUUAGAUAAAACAAAUGAAGCUAACAAUGGUUUUCAGAACGAGGAUUUAAUCGUGUGGAUGCGCACUGCUGCCUUGCCUAGUUUUCGAAAGCUAUACCGUCGCUUGGAUCAAACAAAUAAUAGCUUUACGAGAGGCCUUAAAGCCGGCGAAUACACGCUGGACGUAAUGUAUAAAUAUCCCGUGGUAUCGUUUGAUGGCACCAAGCGUAUGAUUCUGUCGACAACAUCUGUGCUGGGCGGUAAAAAUCCAUUCCUGGGUAUUGCCUAUAUUGUUGUUGGUGCCAUUUGUUUAAUACUUGGACUGGCGCUCCUCUUCAUUCAUAUGCGCUGCAGCCGUAGCAGCAACAUGGAGAUGAUAAACGUUAAUCCACAUACACAGUACUCCUAGAAGCAAUGGAUUCGAUUUGAGAGUAAUUUUGGCAAAAGCUUCUCUCGCCCAUGCACCAUUAUUUAGCUAUAAUAUCUUGUUUAAGCAUAAUUAUCUAUGUAUAUCUUUGUAACAGAAUACACACAAUUAGUUUCUAUUAGUAUUUAUGACACUGUACGGCAUCGUUGGCUGUGCUUCUUGUUAACAUUUUGUAAUGUUUUUUUUUUUUUGUUUUUGCACUUUUAAUUAUAUGUAUGUUUGUUAAUGAUUCGUCUUGUAAUGCAUCUGAUAACAUACGCGACUUCUAUAAUAAUACUAUUGCCUCAUCCAGAUAAAUUAGAAAAGUUUCCCCACAUAAAUGCAUAGAAAAUAUUUAAACAAUUAAACUUUAGACUAUGAGUGCCUGUGCCGCAAUUUGGCAUUAACACAUAUGUUUUGUAUGGCAGCCGUUUAAAGCAGACGCUAUAGAAAUAUUUAUAAAUAUGCAUUGAUAUUUUAUUAAAAUUGUGCAAUACAAGUUGA